GUUUUUGUUAUCAACAAACAAGUAUUUUUAAUUUUGCCAACAAAAAACAUAAAAGUUCCUAUCUUUUACAAGUUAAUUUAAAAGUUUAUUCUAAAAACUAAACAAAAAAAUGUCACAAAUGAUAGAUCAGCUUGUCCAAAAAAUGGGUCUCAUUGAUGAGCCAAAAAUUAUUGAAAAAACCACUGAACUCCUUCGUCUAUUAGACCUACGCUCCACAAACAUAAGUGCCACAAUAAAUGAAUAUGCAAAAAUCAUUCUGUGCAUUGAUUUGGCAGCUGCAUUCCUCGGUAUUCCCAUUGAUCAGGAAAAUGCUCUUAAACUUUCCGGCCUACGAAAGACUCCCUACGCCAACAACAAAAGAAUGUUUGAAAAACUACUUGAUCUAAAUAAACAAAUUGGUAUAAAUGAAAUCUGCACCAAAUUGGGUAUCAAUGAAUUGGCCAAAAAAGCCACCGAACUCUUAGAAAUGUACAAACAAAUUGUUGAAAAUGAAGCCAACGAUAUUGACAUAACACAUCCACAAUAUCCUUCGAUGGCAGUUUACCAGGCAGGUAAAUUAAAUCAAAAACGUAUCUCAAAAUCAAAAAUUAUGGCAAUUAGUCAUUUGCGUCCAUCUCAAUGGACACAAUUAGAACAGAGAUGGGAUAAAAUUGUUGCUACCCAUUACACCGCAACGAAAGAUAAAAAGAUUAAAAGUCCACCUGCAGAUGGAGAUAAAGAAGCUGAUACACAAAAGUCAACGCUAGAAAUAAAACGCCCAAAAGUUGCUGAAGUUGAAGAUUAUGAAAUCUGGAAACGUCGAAUGUUAUCAAUGGCUCAUUUGGAAUUGGCUCAUACUAAACACAAAUCAUCAGGAGAUAAGGAAAAUCUUGUUGAUUUAACAGAGUAAAUUUAAACUUUACUCCUCUAGUUGUUAGUAAGCUUAAUAUAAAUUUAUUUAUUAAAAAACCAUUAAAAAAACGUA